GGAGUCGCCCUAGCCUAGCUAGCGCUAGGCCCUGGCUGGUUCGAACCCACUGAAACUUUUCGAAAAAAGGAAGUGACCUCUGCUUUGUUGAAGCUUCUUCGCAAGACGAAUAGAACGACGAAAGGAUUUGUCGAAGCUCGCACGGCCUAGCUGUUCUCGUCUUGAUCUUUUGGACUUGGCCCCUUUGGACAGAACCAGUCCAUCCAGCCAAAUGGUUUGUCGACUUCUUGGAAGGGCCCUGCGCAAGGCCGCCAAUGCUGCAGACGUGGUCGGCAGGGGCCAACGCACCAUUACCGCAGCCGACACCAGUUGCUGCAGUCACCAGCACUCGCGCUGUAUGUCUAGCACGGCAUCGUCAUCACGAAGCGUGAAUCUGAAAUCUGACACGGUCACUGAACCAACACCGGAGAUGCGCCAGGCAAUGCUGACUGCACAAGUUGGUGAUGAUGUGUAUGGCGAGGAUCCAUCCGUUGAUAAACUUCAGAAGACCGCGGCCAAGAUGUUUGGAAUGGAGAAGGCCUUGUUUGUUCCGUCGGGCACAAUGGGAAAUCUUAUUUCAUUGAUGGUACAUUGCUGGGAGCGAGGUGCGGAGGUUCUGCUCGGUGAUCGCUGCCAUAUCUUACUGUUUGAACAGGGCGGCCUCUCACAGGUGGCCGGUGUCCAUCCACGGGAAGUGAAGACUUUUGCUGACGGAAGGUUGGACUUGGAUGAUCUUCGCUCAAAGGUGCGCGAGGACGACAUCCAUUAUCCAGUAACGUCCUUGAUCUGUCUGGAGAAUACACACAACAUGUUCGGUGGUCGUGUGCUGAGGCCUGAUGCUAUUGCGGAGAUUAGUAGUGUAGCCAAGUCGCUGCACUUACCUCUUCACGUCGAUGGUGCACGGAUCUUCAAUGCCGCCGCCGCCCUGGACGUUCCCGUAUCCGAGUUGCUAGUCGGCAUAGACAGCGUUAGCGUCUGUCUCUCCAAGGGCCUUGCAGCUCCAGUCGGCUCCGUGAUCGGUGGGUCAGAAAAAUUCAUCCACAGGGCGACACGUGUCCGCAAGCUGCUUGGCGGUGGACUGCGGCAGGCCGGAGUGUUGGCUGCACCUGGCCUGAUUGCACUAGAGGUCAUGUCCAAGAGACUGCACGAGGAUCACAUCCUUGCGAAGCGCUUAUCAGAAGGUUGCCAUGCCAUGAAAGAGUUGGGUCUAGAUUCUAGCCCCGAGACAACGGAGACCAAUAUUGUAAUUUUCUCCUUGGACAAAGCGGUGUGCGGAUAUAGUGCCGCAGAGUUGGUCGAUGCGCUCGGCGAGGAGGACCCGUCUGUGGCGGACGAAAGCGGAAAGCGGUUUCUGCUCUUCGCAAUAUCCGACACCCAGGUCCGUGCCGUCACGCACUACCAGCUCACUCUGGCCGACAUCGAGGCGUUCCUAGCCCGGCUCAGACGCACGCUGAGUCGUCGAUGACUCUGACGUUGUGCGGCGCGACCUAGCCUCAUCACAGAUUCUACGAAUGGAAACGUACUACUCCGGUCUAUUUUCUUUAAUAUCAAACCUACAGGUUCGUGUUGCCUUGAACUACCGUCCUGUAGGUACCCCAUAGAAUACAUCUAGUCAUCUACGCGGGCUUUUACGUCUGCGUGACGUCACUUUCUUCAUCGGAUCAGACCUAACGCAAUGACAUUGCCACUUCAACCCCACCAUACCACCAUGUUUUGACACAAUGAUGAACGAAGAAUAUUUUUGUUGAGCUCCUGUCCUAUUUAUUUUGCCGCUACAGAUGUCUCUACAGGUAGUCUCUAUGCUGCAAUGUUCAUUUCUGUGGAUUUCUGUCUGAUAGUAUUUUACCAGCAUUGUGUAGUAGUCUGCAAGUGCUGUAUGAGGCUUUUCUAUCCGCACCCAGAGAGCACCAGUGGCAGGCUCCUGUUUGUACCAACACACAAGCGCGUUUCUUUAUUUUUCUUUCACGCAGGAACUGACAAUGGCCAAAUUGUGUCACUGUGCCGGGCUGUGUUGUCACGUGCUUUGUCUGUACUAGUACCCGGCACUUUGAACCAGAGAAGUGCAGUUUCAUUCGAGUGACUCCUCUGGUUCAAACUGCUCAAAUAGAAAUAGAAAUAUUUUCCCACAUAUUCUUUUCCUACUGCCCUCCCAAUCCCCCCCCCCCCCCCCACACACACACACAAACCACCAAAGGCCAAAUGUGCCUACUCUUACUCCGACCACCACUAUUGUGUACCGUUGGUCUCUGCGCUUUUCGACACGCGCCACUGUAUUUCUCUCUUCGUUCAUGUGUUAUGACACGUGGCCUAGUUUCUUUCUCUCUCCCCCUCCCCUGCCCUAUCUCCUUUCAUGGUAUUUGUGCAUGUAGCUCUCUAUCAUAAUGAAGCCGAGACCUCAGGUCGGCCGCUGUUGUAAGUCUCGUCGCCCUUUUGCACCUCAAUUCUAUCAAGUUUUGGAGCCUAUAGGCGUUUAAAGAAAAAGGUACCACGGCCAGACUAUCGGUACAUGUGUGCGAAUAUGUUUAUACUUCACAAUGGAAGCGGUCCUCACCAAGAAAACACAAUCCGUUGCUACUCCGAGUUUCUUGAGUUUUUCAAUCGUCAGGCAACUUUUCUAACUAAAGCAGGGCUGUCAGGUCCACUAAAGAAAUACACAACCACACAGCAAGGCGCACAAAAGAGAAAGCGUGAAGUGUGGAGAGUGAAGAGUUACUGCUAGGUGCAGGCAGUGUAAAAUAUUGAUAUCAAUUGUCCAUUACUGUAACAAGCGCUGAAUGGAGCACGUAAAUAUGGAGUUAACUAGCGCAUGCCUGGCGUCAGGAGGUGUAAGGCCAUUACGGUGCUAUAUUUGGCGUUAAUCAUAACAAUAAUGGUGCAGUGUGUCUGGUUCCAUUGGGCAUCAGGUUGUUCUGUCCAUGUCCGGUUUUACGUGAUUCCGUUAUACUUAGCGAGCCGGUAUUUGUUUGCAUGACGACA